CAUCUGCUCCUAGUCAUGACAAUACUUGCUGGGCAAAGGAUAUGAGCGCUUCCUUUUCUUUUGCCCGCACAUCUCUCGGAAAGGGAAAAUCAAGGAUCUCGCAGUCCACUUUCAUACAGUUCCAUCCCACAGCCUGGUCCUGCUCUGCCCGCUUGGCCAUCUAAGACACACCCCUUCAAAGCUGAAGGACAGCAUCUCGGUCUAGUCCAACUUUGUCCUAGGAGGGACGCACACACAAACGCUUCUCCAAUUGACGUGCCAAGUGGCGCGACAUGGUCCAACGUCUCCCAGAUUACCACCCCAUGGCGGUCCCCAUACUCCUUCAGCUAGGCAAGGCAAAAGACCGGUUUCUCAGAUUGACCAAACAAGCUUCCCACUACACAUCUCGUUCCUUCUUUCCCGGCCCCCAACUCCCGAGUCCCCAACAAGCGGAUGACGGGGUCCCAGGUAUGGCGUAAACGUACAUCUUCCUAGCGUGCGACCCUCGCUCGAUGGACCACUGCCUUGUCGAUCGAGGAGGGUCCCGAGGAGUCCUACGGGGAUAGGAGGGGAUGGAUGGUUGGAAUAACAGGGUCCAACGCAUGUGGGAGUGUAAUUGGCAUCAUGGCACAGCCUGAAGUCGAUCUGGAUUCUUAAAUACCCUUCGAACCCCUCAAUCUCAUCCAACGUGUUUAUAGCUUAGCAUAAUCUCAUCUCAACUCAUCUCGCAAUCAAAAACCACCUCCCAAUCCUCACACAUCAUGUCUUACGGCGGCAACGACGACUCCAACUACGGUUCCUCCCGCAGGGACAACGAGGACAGCUACGGCACCUCGGGAACCACCGGCGGCUUCGGCUCCUCCACCCGCGACAACGAGGACUCGUACGGUUCCUCGCGCCGUGACAACGACAACGACAACAGCUUCGGCUCCUCCACCCGCCGCGACAACGACGACUCGUACGGCUCCUCCAACACGGGCCGCGGCGGCAACGACUCGAGCUACGGCUCGUCGACCCGUCGUGACAAUGACACCUCGGACAGCUACGGCUCCUCGGGCCUGAGCUCGUCUCGCAGGGACAACGAUACCUCGGACUCGUACGGCUCUUCUCGCCGUGACAACGACAACGACAACAGCUACGGCUCCUCCCGCAAGUCGGACAACGACACCUACGGCUCCGGCAACAAGACCUCGUCCUACGGAGACGACUCCACCUCCUCCAACCUCGCCGGCGCCGACUCCCUCUCGUACGGCAACACCAGCUCCAGCCGCCGCGACAACGACAACUCGGACAGCUACGGCUCUUCCGGCAACACGGGCUCCUACGGAUCCUCCCGCAAGGACAACGACAACGACAACAGCUACGGCUCCUCCACCACCCGCCGUGACAACGACGACAGCUAUGGAUCGUCAGGCAAUACCGGAUCCUACGGCUCCUCCCGCAAGGACAACGACACCUCGGACAGCUACGGCUCCUCCGGCAACACUGGAUCCUACGGCUCCUCCCGUAGAGAUAACGACAACGACAACAGCUACGGAUCGUCCGGCAACACGGGAUCCUACGGCAGCAGCGGCAGGGACAAUGACAACUCCGACUCGUACGGCAGCAGCAGCAACAAGAGCGGAGGCGACAGCAAGGUCGGCAAGUUCCUCGAGAAGGCGGGCGACUUGCUCAACAGCGACAAGCUCGAGUCCAAGGGCCAGUCGAAGCGGGAGAACGCCGGGUACGGGAACAACAAUGAUGACUACUAGAUGUUGCUAGUCUAGUAGCCAUGUCGUUGAUUUGUAUCGGGAUGUUUGCGGUGGAAAAUAGGACUUUGUGUCUUGAAGGGGAUGCUUCUGAUGCGGAAGCCCCUUUUUCAUCUUUUGAUGAUGAUUAUGUACUAGCGAGCUCUGAAUGAGAUAUUAAUACCAUUUGAACACCACUUACCUAUCCUAAAGAA